CAUAAAUACUCCGAAAUAGACUUCUUCUCUCCUUUGUAUCAUUCUCAAAUUCUCCAGCGCGAAUCGAUAUCUCGCAUUCUCUUCCACCACCGCUCAGCCAAUAUGUCGCCCAAGACUUUCAUCGUCACCGGUGCCUCCAGAGGUAUCGGUCUCGCCGUCUCCAAAUACCUCCUUAACGCGCCGCAAUCCCACAACGUGGUCGUCAUCGCCCGCAGCGUCGAACCCCUCCAGAAACUGAAGGACCAGUACACAAAGCAAGUCGAGGUGCUGAGCGGCGACCUGGCGGAUUUCUCCCUCGGUCAGAAGGCCGUCGACCUGGCCCUGAAGACAUUCGGGCGCCUGGACGGCAUGGUUCUCAACCACGGCACACUGGGACAAGUGGGCAAGAUCGCUGAGGCCGAUCCUCAGCAAUGGAAGGAGGGGUUUGAUAUUAAUUUCAUCAGCUUGGUGGCUUUUGUCACAGCCGGACUCCCAGCGCUUCGCGAAUCCAAGGGCAGGAUUAUCUUCACUUCGUCGGGUGCCUCGACCACGCCUUACAGGGGAUGGGGUCUGUAUGGCGCGACCAAGGCGGCCAUGAACCAUCUGGCUCUGACUCUUGGGGCGGAAGAGCUCGACGUGACGUCCGUGUCGAUUCAGCCGGGCGUUGUCGAUACCGAAAUGCAGCGAGAGAUCCGCGAAGACCACGCUACCAAUCUGGACGCGGAGUUCCAUUCGAAAUUCACUACGCUCCACAAGGAGGGAAAUUUGCUGAAGCCCGAACAGCCCGGUCAUGUUAUUGCCAAGCUGGUGAUUGAUGCUCCGAACUCAUUGACUGGAAGAUAUCUACGAUGGAGCCACGAAGACCUGGCAGCUUUCCAAGAAUAGACGUCUACUUCGAGAAAUCUGUACAUGACAGUUAGUAUAUACCGCCAUAGAAUGUGAUCAUGAUAUAGAAGCAGCAUGAUGGGGUAAUAAUCAGCCGAAAGAUGAAAAGCAAUACAUUUUAGAAGCAUUAGGCGCAGAGCACCUUCAUACUUAGCAUGGAAUGUGUAGGGUGUUCAUCAUAUUACGAAAAGAAAAAAAAAAACAGUGUAAAGUCAUUCCGUAC